UUCUUCUUCUUCUUCUUCUUCUUCUUCUUCUUCUUCGUGUGAGAGGAGGGUGUGUGCGGAAGAGCGGGAGAAGAGUGAAAGAGCGAACGAUUGUGUAUCUUUUCUAUCUUUUUUUUUCUUACUGUUUAUUCACUGGGUGUUUGUGUUACUUGUUUAAUUGUAAUUUUGUGUUAGUUUGUCACGUUUUAAGGGGGUUUUGUGGGUUCGGGUGUGGCCGGCAGGCCGGCGUCUUAGGACGCCAUGGUGUCUGGUGGUGGGGCUUUCUCCACGCUGACACGGAAGAACGGGGUCAAGGUGGGCGCUGGUUCUCCGUGCAGCGUGGAGGAAGUUUGUUUGGCUGUCGGGGAGGUGGUUGGACAUGGGUCUAUUAGAUCGGCAGCUCGCAUGAACGGAGCUGUCGUAUUGUUUGUUGAGAAGGUGGAGCAGGCUCAACGGUUGGUGGAGGUGGGCGUUUCUGUGAACGGCUUGUUUUUACAGGUGACGCCGCUAACAUUACCCUCAACUAAGGUAACUUUAUCAAAUGUACCUCCGUUCAUAAGCGACGAGUUUUUGAUUAAAGAGCUGUCCCGACACGGUAAGGUGGUUUCACCGGUGAAAAAAGUACCCUCUGGGUGCAAAUCACCGUUACUGAAACAUGUUGUCUCCCAUAGGAGACAACUGUUUAUGAUAUUAAAUCGGAGGGAUGAGGAACUCAACCUUCGAUUUCAUGUUAGAGUAGAUGAUUUUGAUUACAUCUUGUUUGCUACGUCCUCUAGCAUGAAGUGUUUUGGUUGUGGUCAGGAGGGGCACAUUGUAAAAAUGUGUCCCGACAGGGCCGGGCAGGCCCUGCCGAGUGCAGCAAAACGGCAGCCCUCUGCUGCUGAGCAGGUGGAGGACCCACCUGGUGAGGCUGGAGCAGUGGAGGAUCCCGCAGCCGCGGCGGGAGAACCCGCGGUGGUGGCGGAGGAGCCCGCUGCUGAGGAGCAGGCGGAAGGUACUGUUGAGGUGUCAGGAGUGGAAAGUGUGGAAAUGAGUGCAGAUGUAGGAAAGGAUGAGAGCACAGUGGUGUGUGGUGAUGGGAUUAAUGGUGGUGGUGAUGGGGUGAAUGGUGGUGAGGGUGAAAGUGAAGUGAGGGAGAGAGAUGGUGUGCAGGGAGAGCAGCAGGUGGAGGUGAGGGGCGAUGAAGAGCAUUUAGGGUGUGGGGAUCAGGGAGGGAAAGGAGAGGUGCAGGUGGAGGAACAGAACGGUGCAGAGUUGGUUUUUGGAACUGGAGUGGCAGGAGAGACAGAGGAGGUGAUGGAGCUGGAGGCUUCAGCCCCGUUAAAGAGGCGAAGCAAAAGGAGGAAUGUGGUGGCUGCUGUUCAGGCCAGCAAGCAGGCUUGCAAGCUGGCUGCAGAGAGGAAGGAGGUGUCGGACAGCAGCGACAAUGAGAGCUGGUUCUCUGACAGCAGCGAAAUAUCUGUCAGUCAAACAAGUUGCAAAACACCAAGAUACCCUGUAGAGUCUUUUAGAACUUUUUUAAAAGAAACUAAAGGAUUCAGAGGUAUAAAAAUUGAAAGUUUCUUUCCUGAUUUAAAACUGUUUUAUUUCUCAGCAAGAUAUCACAUCAGGAACAAAGAAGUGUCAGGUUUUGCAGAAACAGAAGUUUUUAGAUUAAAGAAAAUAAUGACUAAAGUUAGAAAACAACUUUGAUUUUAAAUGAUGCACAGUAGUAUUUUAUUAUUUUUUAUAGUCUUUUGGUAUUUUGGUUUUAGCUUCUUACCCAAUAUGGAUUCUUUUAAAAUGGCAUCAUUGAAUCUUAACGGGGCGAGGGAAGCUGAAAAACGAGCUUUGAUUUAUCAAAUGCUGAACCAAAAGAAAAUCGACGUAAUUUACCUGCAAGAAACACACAGCGAUCAUUUAAUAGAGACUGACUGGGUCAGAGAGUGGAGGGGGGAGGUCAUUUUAAGUCAUGGCACCUCCCAGAGUGCAGGGGUGGGCUUCCUCUUUUCCAGAGCGUUCACCCCAAACUCAAC